AGCCCACCCACGCGAUGUUCAUAUUACACAACCAAAGCCGUGACUUUGUCAUAAACCUGCUCCAUCAACGCCCACACAACACAACACACGCAGAGAAAUAAGAGAGGAGAAGACAUCACCGGCUCCGGCUCGGGUAAUCAGGCAGGCAGGCAGGCUCAAUCAGUGGGAAUAAGAUGAUCUGUCGCCUCUAAGCCGCGCGCCACGACGCGCCAUCCUCCACUCCCUCCGUCAUCUUCUUCCUCCCACCCUCCCUCUUAAAAGCCUCCGCUCCCUCGCUUGCUCCUUCUUCAAUCCCUUCCUGCCCCUGCCCGGCCACCACCACCACCACCCAAGAGGGAGAGGCAUCCACUCCCUGCCGUGCCAAUUCCCAGCCGCAUCGCUAUCUAUCUAUCUAUCUACCUCCACAGCAAGCAUCCCUCGGCCGGAUCAAACCAUCUAUUAUCUCAAGAGCGCUCUGCACGCCGGUGGCGCAACCAGCAGACGAAGGGAGAGGUGUUCAGUCGGUCAGGUAGAUGUUGGGGGGCGGGAAGAUGAAGGGGGACGCGGGGGGCGGCGGCGGGAGCAGCAGCAUUAGCCCGAUGGUGUCCUUCGUGCUGGGCGCCGCCAUGGCCACCGUCUGCGUCCUCUUCUUCAUGUCCGCCAGCCCCGGCCGAAGCCUCGUCGACGUCGUCGCUUGGAGCCACAACAACGGCACCGCCGCCCAGCACCACCACCUGCGCUCCGUCGCCGACCAUGCCUCCGACGCAGCAGACAAUCUCAGCGCCGUCGUGGCCGCUCCGGCGCCCGCCCCAGUCCAGGCGUCGCCGUACGGUGACCUGGAGGAGGUGCUGGCGCGGGCGGCGACGGCGGACCGGACGGUGAUCAUGACGCAGAUCAACGCGGCCUGGACCAAGCCGGGCUCCCUGCUCGACCUCUUCUUCGAGAGCUUCCGGACGGGGGAGGGCGGCGUGGCGCGGCUGCUCGACCACCUCGUCAUCGUCACCAUGGACCCGGCGGCGUACGCCGGGUGCCAGCUCGUGCACCGGCACUGCUACUUCCUCAGGACCACCGGCGUCGACUACCGCGGCGAGAAGUUCUUCAUGAGCAAGGACUACCUCGAGAUGAUGUGGGGCCGCAACAAGUUCCAGCAGACCAUCCUUGAGCUCGGAUACAACUUCCUCUUCACGGACGUGGACGUGAUGUGGUUCCGUGACCCGUUCAAGCACAUCUCCAUGGGGGCGGACAUCGCCAUCUCCAGCGACGUCUUCAUCGGGGACCCCUACAGCCUCGGCAACUUCCCCAACGGCGGCUUCCUCUUCGUGCGAUCAUGCAACAAGACCAUCGAGUUCUACCGGCACUGGCAGGCCGGACGGUACCGCUUCUUCGGCAAGCACGAACAGGACGUGUUCAACCUCAUCAAGCACGAGAUGACGGACCGCCUCGGCGUCGCCAUCCAGUUCCUCGACACCACCUACAUCAGCGGCUUCUGUCAGCUCAGCAGGGACCUCAACAAGAUCUGCACGCUGCAUGCGAAUUGCUGCGUUGGGCUUGGGGCCAAGCUGCAUGAUUUGAGGAAUGUGCUGGAUGUGUGGAGGAACUACACGGCGGCGCCGGUGACCGACAAGAGGGCCGGCAAGUUCCAGUGGAAGGUACCCGGGAUAUGCAUCCACUGAUGCAACUGCUGUUGGUUGGAUGAGUUGCAUGCAUGGUUCCAUGCAUUUGGUUGCCCAUUCUUUCUCUUCUUCUUGCUUUGCCUUCUCCUUUUCUCGUGGAAAGAGAUGGGAGGGGAUUGAGAGGGGUACGUAGCAUCGAUUCAUUUUGUGGAAUUAAUUCAGCUAGAUGAUUAGUAAGUUAUUAUAUAUGUAUGUACACAAAUAUACACAGAGCGGUAGUACUCCAGUGUGCGUGCAGCACAUGCAUGUAUCCUGGUCUUGGCCGAAUCUCCAUGGCCUGUAAUUAAUUAAAGAUGGAUGGUUAAAGCAGUAGGCUGCUUAUGCAGCACAAGUGUUGUUUGUUUGUAAAA